AUGGACCCAAAACCCACCCGUUCAGUCAUCCUAUGGUUUCCCCAAUCAAACAAAUACGCCCGCGCAGCACAGAAUACCCUUUACAACGCAAUAUUCAACCCCCGAUAUCAGUACCACCGAUACCUACCACAGCAGCACGGAAGUGAGUUCAACGUUCUGCCCAAGGAGCUUGUGCGACGGUAUGCAUCAUUCCAGCCCAGAGUCUCGCCCACGCCGCCCGAGCGGGAGCGUACAAGGGAGAUCACACCCAUACCGCUGAGGGUCUUGCCCAACACUCCACCUGUUCUCGCACAAUCUACGAGUUUCCAUCGUGCCGGGUCGAGUACCUGGGCGUUUCCAAGAAACGGCUUGUAUACAGGGCCGCCGACGGGCGUGUACACAGGCUUUGCUCCGAGGCACGGCUGGAGCCUCUCAGGUGAGCCGGAGAAGGACGUCUUGUCUCAUGUUCAAUGGUACGGAUGGGAGCGCGAGCGCCAGGCCCGGAUUCGGGCUGAUAAGAGUGCAAGGAUAACAGAUAGGCAAGCUCGUUGGGCGAAUGACCGGGUUGAGUGA